AUAAAAUAUUGUACUUUGCAAUCUGAUAUGGAAUUUUUGCAAAUCAGCUUGGAAUUGUAUAGUGUAUACAUUCGUGAAAAUGACAGCUAUAUAAAUUUAAUAAUACAUUUGCUGUAUCAUUCUGACAAUGUAAGACCUUAUAUGGUCAAGAUUGAUACAAUAAAUGAAAACGAGUUAAGCAGUGAUAUCAAACAAAGAUUGAAGCCACAUUUUAUGAAAUUUAAAAUGUCAGACUUGCAUACUGCUUUUGACGAGAUUCUGUCAAAGGAUAAUUCUACAUUUACAUGGAUGCAGAAAGAUGAUACUGAUGAAAGUCUAUUAGAACUGAACGAUACUGACAGCUCUGAUGAAGAAAAUUUCUUAGUUCAGCUACAAUCUAAACACAAGAGAUCGUUGAGGUCAUUGGGAAAACGUGAAUUACAAAAGCGGAAUACCAGAAAAAAGCAAAAAAUUGAUAAAAAUACUAAAUCAUCAGAAGAUAAUUCAACAGAUAGUCAAGAAAUUAGGUAUCCAAAAACGAAAAAAGCACAUACUAAAAGUUCACAGCAAAUUUCGAUAAAGAAAAAUAAAGCAAAGAAGGCUACUUUUGUCUUAAGACAAAAGAAAAUUAAUAAAAAUUCAGUAGAAACGACGUCAUUGCACAGAUCUAACAAUAAGAUUAAAUUGAAACAGACAAAAUUAAAUUUCCAAACUCGAACGGAUGAGGUUUCUAAUAAAAAUCAAACGUCUUCGUCUAAAUCAAAACUAAGUAGUAAACCUGACAGCAAACAAUCGAAGAUCUCCAAACUAAUCGCCAGUACACCACUACAUAAUCGUAAAUAUAAAGUAAAAAAUGUACCUUCGUCACCUACUCUGGAGAUUAGUAAUAUUACAAGUAUUGAAGAGAAAACGGCAAAUAAAUUAGAUUACUCCAAAGAUAGAGAUGAAUUAGGAAAAGACUCCAGAAAAAGUUGAUUAAUUAUUACGAAGUAAUAUAAAGGCUCCUGAAUCAUUAAAAAUUUCGAACGUGUUUCAAUGCCAUACUA